CUUUUGAGGUAGAGUCAGGGUGGGGAAAACAACUAAUCCGUUUUCCAAACAGGUUUUUAUAAAUAACUGACAGGAGAUGGGCUGUUUUUAUGGAAGUAUUAACCCAAAUGAUGGGUGUUAAUCAUUAAACCUUUUAGGUGGUGGCUCGCUUGUUUCUCUGAUAUUCUAAUCCGGGUCACAGAAUGGCUAAGGCAGAUUUAAGUGCAGCGUGGAUUUUUUUUUUCUCACUUUGCCUUGUGUUUUCCACCCUGAAAGAAUGUUGUGGCUGCUCUUUUUUCUGGUGACUGCUAUUCAUGCUGAACUCUGUCAACCAGGUGCAGCAAAUGCUUUUAAAGUGAGACUUAGUAUCAGAACAGCUCUGGGAGAUAAAGCAUAUGCCUGGGAUACCAGUGAAGAAUAUCUCUUCAAAGCGAUGGUAGCUUUCUCCAUGAGAAAAGUUCCCAACAGAGAAGCAACAGAAAUUUCCCAUGUCCUACUUUGCAAUGUAACCCAGAGGGUAUCAUUCUGGUUUGUGGUUACAGACCCUUCAAAAAAUCACACCCUUCCUGCUGUUGAGGUGCAAACAGCCAUAAGAAUGAACAAGAACCGGAUCAACGGUGCUUUCUUUCUAAAUGACCAAACUCUGGAAUUUUUAAAAAUCCCUUCCACACUUGCACCACCCAUGGACCCAUCUGUGCCCAUCUGGAUUAUUAUAUUUGGUGUGAUAUUUUGCAUCGUCAUAGUUGCAAUUACACUACUGAUUUUAUCAGGGAUCCGGCAACGUAGAAGAAAGAACAAAGAACCAUCUGAAGUGGAUGACGCUGAAGAUAAGUGUGAAAACAUGAACACAAUUGAAAAUGGCAUCCCCUGUGAUCCCCUGGACAUGAAGGGAGGGCAUAUUAAUGAUGCCUUCAUGACAGAGGAUGAGAGGCUCACCCCUCUCUGAAGGGCUGUUGUUCCGCUUCCUCAAGAAAUUAAACAUUUGUUUCUGUGUGACUGCUGAGCAUCCUGAAAUACCAAGAGCAGAUCAUAUAUUUUGUUUCACCAUUCUGCUUUUGUAAUAAAUUUUGAAUGUGCAUGAAACUGAAAAGCAAUCAAUUAUACCCAUGAACACCACUGAAAUCAUAAGCUAUUGAUGACUCAAAAUAUUCUAACAUACUUUUCUGACAAUAUAGUGUAUAAAUGUGGUCAUGUGGUAUUUGUAGUUAUUGAUUUAAGCAUUUUUAGAAAUAAGAUCAGGAUUAUAUAUAUAUUUUCACACUUCAAAGACCUAAGGAAAAAUACAUUUUCCAGUGGAGAAUACGUAUAACAUGGUGUAGAAAUCAUUGAAAAUGGAUCCUUUUUGAUGAUCACUUAUAUCACUCUGUAUAUGACUCAGUAAACAAAAGUGAGAAGUAAUUAUUGUAAAUGGAUGGCUAAAAAUGAAAGUAUUGAUAUACAGGGUAGAAUUUUAUCCUGUUAUCACACCAACAGUUGCUUAUAUAUUUUCUGAGUAUCAGCCCCUAAUAGGAUAAUUCUAUUUGUUGACCAUUUCUACAAUUUGUAAAAGUCCAAUCUGUGCUAACUUAAUAAAGUAAUAAUCAUCUCUUUUUGAUUGUG